CGUAUGGAUUUUCUCAAACUGUAAAAUUUUCAAUAAUUAUGAACUAUAAAUCUAAAGAGAUAGAGAGAGGGAGCGCGAUCAUUGCGUCUCUAUCAUCGCCAUGUCACUUUGGUGUGCCAUUGGCAGAGCAGCGUGACCGAUGCGGCACAGUCCAAGCUUGCUGUCGCUCGAGCACUGAUGAGGCAUCGCGUUUUGGACGGCGAAGCCGUUGAUCCCAGCGAGUUUCACGAAGAAGCUGUACUGGACCGAGGGAAGCCGGUCAAUUUGGCUUGGCUGAUCGAUGAAAAGCAACGACAGGGCGAACACUUCUGCAGCUACGAGUUGUUCCCGAGCGCUGCGCCCGGCACUUACCAGAGGUUUUUCAAAGAAACGGAGCAUUGCGCGCCGUUAUUCUACUCGCUGACGUGGCCAGUGGACGCAUCAGCGAAAUGGACCGAACGCUUUCCGUCCUUAAAAAUCGCCGAAGAAAAUAUGCCGUGCAACACUUUGCUACACUGCGCGGCGAGGGGUUUGAGCUGCAACCAAGUCGAGGAGGUCUUGAACCGUGCACUCGAGCUCGGUAUCGUUAAUGUCUUCGCACUCGAAGGAGAUGGGCAAACGUACGGAGGGCACUUCGAGCACGCGUUGGACUUGGUAAGAUUUAUACGGCAACGUUUUGCUCAGCAAUUCAGUAUUUGCGUCGCUGGCUAUCCUGAAACACAUCCUCGAUCAGCUUCGAAGGAACAAGACCUUCUACACCUUAAAGAAAAGAUUGAUGCUGGGGCAGAUUUUAUCAUUACACAGUUCUUUUUCGAAUCUAGUAUGUACAUCCAAUUCGUAAAAGAUUGCCGAGAGCUAGGGAUCAGCGUCCCUAUCAUUCCCGGUAUAUUUCCUUUCACAAACAUCAAGUCGCUAGAAAAAAUGGCCAGUCUCUCCCGCGCGCAAAUACCCCCGUGGAUGCAGGAACAAUUGGAAAGCCUGCGAGAUAACGAUGAAGCUGUGCGGCGCUUUGGAAUAGAUUUAAGUCUGAAGAUAAUUAAGGAUAUUUGGAAAAGCAAUAUUUGUUUUGGAUACCAUAUAUUUACCCUGAAUAGAUCUUUUUCAGCAGUAGAAAUUUACCGUCAAUUGAAAGCAAACGAAACGAUGGAUUGAUCGCAAAUGCAAGUGAUUGUUAUUACAUAGUAUACAGUUACUGCGUUUUCAAUGUUUAAUUAAAAGUCGUGAAUGAAAGAUGAAUUGUUGUACAACCGAGUUAAUGAGUUAAUUAUAAAAGUAUAUAGUUAAUUCGUUUUGGCUGUGAAAGUUCACAAUUAAACACUUUAAUUAUCAGAACAAAAUAAUAAACGAUUAUUCCUAAUUAAUACAAAUCUAAUUAAUCUAAAAAACUAUCUCGAUGAAUGCUCUUUCUACGAUAAGGGACAAGCCAUGUCAUACAAGGGCCGUUCAAUAAGUCCUUUAAAAACGCAAGAGAUGGCGCGCAAUUAAGGCGUCACAACUUAUGAUACGAUCACUGUGGUGGUGUUGUAGCUUUAAUGUGAACAUUUUUAUUAAUAAAAAAUAAAAUAAAAAAUCU